CCCUUCAUCCCUCUCUCAAACACUCCAACACAAGGACUCUCUCUUUCCUCAAGAUGACGGCAGGGUUGUGUGUGUGUGUUCUGUUGGUGGUCCUGUCCACUAGCUGUUUGGGACGACCCCAGUCCUCUCCCCCCCUCCAAGAGGGCGACCCUGCCAUGCCCCCUUCCUCUGAAGCACGUCUUGAAGCCUACGCCCACUUCCUCUCCAAGCCACGCCUCAGACAGACACGCUCCGCCCCUUUGGACAAUACCGUCCCAUAUACGGCAGAAGAAGAUGGAGACUCCAGAGCCAACCUCAGUGAAUUGUUGGCUAGACUCAUCUCCUCACGGAAAGGUUCUAUCCGUAAGAACUCAACAGUGAACAGCAGAGCUAGCGGUCUCAGUGCUAACCACCGGAUAAAAGACCGAGACUACAAUGGGUGGAUGGACUUCGGCCGCCGCAGUGCAGAAGAGUACGAGUACUCCUUGUAAAAAAAGUAGUCACUCUCUACGAGAAAACAACAAACUCAGUCACUGUCCCGCGAUAAGAGUAUAUUUAUUCUGUAUUUGUUUGUAAACACUACAUGAUGCAAUAUAUACAUAUGCCAAAUUUUUCAGGAAAUGUUUAAAGUUCUGGUUUUCUUUCCUGGUGUUCUGUCUGUUUAUGGUUUUGGAGGGAAUUGAAUGGAAUGAAAAAAGGUCAGGUGUUAAUGGAAAAAUAUAUAUGAUGUCAUGAGAUUAACUUGGAUCAAUAAAAGUUAAGAAUGAACAGUAUCUCAACAAAUGACUUCCCAAAGACACAUGCUCACACCCACGUAAGCAUGCACAGAUAACAACUCACACAAAUAACAUAAUACCCUCAUGGUAUCACCUUAAGACGUUAAACUAGAAAUAUAAAUAGUACGCAGUGGCUCAUUAUAAUACAUAAAGCUGGUAGAACACAGAGCUCACUUCUCUAGGACCCCAGUCCUGCUGCUUUUCAGUUCUCUCAAUUAACCAAUGAAUAUAAUUUACUGAUUUAUAAAGUGCAACGAUUGGUCAGAGUGCACACACCUGGUUUCCCAGGUCUGAAUCAGUCUUUGAUUAAAAGGCAAGGAUGAAAACUAGCAGACACUGCAGCUGUGCCCCCUUCACUUACAAACAUGUCAUUUGUGAACAACAGUACUGCCUGACAUAACUGGUUUGCAACAACAACCGACAGGGAAUAGACUUCAACAUCAUGUUGUGAUUCAUAUUUACUGUAUGUUGUUGACCAACAUCAUGUUGUGAUUCAUAUUUACUGUAUGUUGUUGACCAACAUCAUUAAAUGGCAGAUGUACCAAACAUCAAGCCCAGUCACUGAAAUUGAAGUUGAAAUUAUAUAGGGAAAUGUAGAUCUUGAUGUGUUACCAAUUCAAUUAGUUUUUUUAUCAAUUGCUUAAGUUGACAAAAUGUUUCAAUAACAUGAAAGCAACAUUAGGUUAACCUGUUUGCGCCUGAUCGGAAUGUUGGCCUACAUACUAAACUGAAAAUGAAAAAGUGUUUGGAGAUACAGUAUCUUGGGACAUACCACGUUGAAGUGUUCUGUUACUUGAUGGGAAUAUCAUACCAUGAACCCGAGAUGAGAAAACACAGGAAUCUGGAAAAUACUCAAAUCCUAAAAUAGCCUUUAUUUUAUGUUCUGCUUGGUUUGUGUUCUGUCUGUUCUGUUUCUCUCUACCUGCUGAAAUAAAGACUGUUGGAGAUAGACUGUAAA